AUGAGUGGAUAAUUUUCUUCUUCUGAGUCUGAUGACAAAUCCUAUAUUUAAAAUGAAUAACAACGAAUACUCAAGAAGUCUAAUAUUUACAAAUAGAAGGAACAAUGCAAUAAUAGUUGUGUAUAACAUCCAAAUAAAAAAGUAUAACAAUGUUAAUAAAUCAGGCAAAAUAUUAUCUUCAAUAGGAUAACAGUAAUUUAUUUUGUUCAAAAUGUGCUUUGGCCUUAGCUCUCAGAGGAUUAAAAAUAGAGGAAACACAAGAGAAAUAACCAGAAAUUUAUAGAUAAUAAAGAAUCUAUGGAUUUUAAGAAUAAUUAAGUGAGGUGAUAACAUAAUGUUCAAAUAAGUUCUCUUAACUAAGCAAUCUAAUGAUGAAUGCUUCAAAAUAAUUGAUGGAAUAAAAAGAAAAUUGCAUUUUAUUCUUUGAAACUAUAAUAAACACUUCUAAUUAGUUAAAACUAACAUACUUAUCUAAAUUAGAAACUGAUCACAUUGAUUAAUUGAAAUAACUUACAGAUAAAAUUAGCCUAAUCUAAUAAAUUAAUGCUUAAUUAACACAAUUUGAAAUUGAUAUAGCCAAUAAUCAUGAGAACAUAGUUAAAAAUAUGGAAAUGAAACCUUUUGAAGAUAUAAUGUGUCGAUAUGAGAAAAAAGUAUCUUUAAUAAAAGUGUAAAUUCAAGAGUUUAAUUAAGAAUAUUUACAAAAAUCAUUUAAAUUUGAACAUAAUCAAAUAUUAGAUGCAAUGAAUAAGAUGUGUUAUACUUUACUGUUAAAAACUGAGGAUUCCUCUGAAUAAGUAUCUUAGUAACCUAAACUAGAAGCUACUCCAAAAAUAAUACACAAACAUACAAAUUCACCUGCAAAUAUGAAGGUAUUUGAAUUAUUGGAAGGUGAUGAUAUCUACUAGAGUACUUGCUCUAAUCCAGUUAAAGAUCAUAUAUAAUCUCCAGGAAAAAGCACUACUCAAAUAUUAUAGCAAUAGUUAAAUACUAAGGUGGAUCCAUUUUCUAAUCCACUGUCAACAUUGUAAAAUUCUAAGAGAGAAAGUAGUACUUAUACUAAAACCCCACAAAGUUGGCAAUUUAAGGGUUGUCUAGAUAGAAAAAAUCUUUAAAUAACUCCUAAUGAGAGAGUUAGUGUCAAGCAUAACAUUAAUAUCUAAUGUAGCGAUAACUAAUUUGAAUUGAAUGAUAAAUCUUAUGAAAAGUAGAAAAUUACAAUCGAAGUAGGAUAAGAAGAUCUGCCAAAUUAAUAAUUAAUUAGCAAUAUUAAUUAGUUAUAUAGAUAAGGAAUAACAAAACAGUCAGACAGAGACAGUUUUGAGGAUCGAUAAUUGACACCUAAACAUCAAAAAAACUUAACAAAUGCAACUCCUCAAACAUUUAAGUUAUUAGGCAAUCAUGUAAAUUAAAAAUGUAAUUAUCUCAAUCUAUUUAAGCUUAAUAUCAAUAUCCUUUAGUGAAUAAUAAUGUAUUAGAAUAAAAGAAUUAAACAGAACUUUCAAAAAAGAAUUAUGAUUCAUAACCACAAUAAAAAACUUUGACUCCUCUUCAUUAGAAUGCCUAACCUAGAAUCAAUAAUUAAUUGAAUCACAAGUAAAAUAGCAAUCUCAAUCGGAGAGCCAAUUCUAAAUAGCCUUCUAUAGAUUAAAUAGAAGGGAAAAGAUAAUUUAUACUUGCUAAUAUGAAUAUUUAAUCAUACACUUCCUAACCUAACUAAGAUACAGCAGGUGAAGAUACUCUGAAGGAGAGAAUUCUUAAGGAAUUAUGCAGUCAUCCUCCAGAAUCUAUUUAUAAUCAGGUAUUGAAGCAGAAUUGUUAAUCAAAGCAAAAAAAUUAAAAAUAACCUCCAAAGGAAAACGUUGAAUAAUCAACUACAGGUAGAAUGAAAAAUUUAAAUGGAUAUUAAUGUUCAAAGAAAUAAUCCUAUUAAUUAUGA